AAGAACGGGGCCCUGAUGGACAGCUUCGGCAUCUUCCUGCAGGGGCUCCUGGGGGUUGUGGCCUUCAGCCUCCUCAUGUUGAAACGCUUCAGAGAACCAAAGCAUGAAAGACGUCCUUGGAGAAUUUGGUUUUUGGAUACUUCCAAACAAGCCAUAGGGAUGAUGUUCAUCCAUUUUGCCAAUGUAUAUUUAUCAGACCUUACUGAAGAGGAUCCCUGUUCACUAUACCUUAUCAAUUUUCUGCUAGAUGCCACUUUAGGAAUGCUGGUAAUUUAUGCUGGUGUCCGAGCAGUAAGCAGUGUUGUUGAACGGCAGCAAUGGGAAUCUCUUCGUUUUGGUGAAUAUGGGGACCCAUUGCAAUGCCGUGCUUGGGUAGGCCAGUGUGCAUUGUACAUAAUUAUCAUGAUGUUUGAGAAAACGAUCAUAAUUAUAGUGCUCCUAAUACCUCAGUGGAAAGAGAUAGCUUUGUUGAAUCCUAUAGAGAAUCCUCAGUUGGAGUUGGCUAUUGUGAUGCUGAUAGUCCCCUUCUUUGUAAAUGCAUUAAUGUUUUGGGUUGUUGAUAACUUCCUUAUGAAGAAAGGAAAGACAAAAGCUAAACUUGAAGAAAAAGAAUCAAGUCAAGAUUCAAGAAAUGGGAGCAAAAUCCGAUACAGGAGAGCAGCAUCACAUGAGGAAUCGGAGUCAGAGAUUCUGAUUUCAGCAGAUGAUGAAAUGGAGGAAUCUGAUGUGGAAGAGGAUCUUAGGAGACUGACUAAUUUAAAGUCUGUUAAGAAAAAGAAGCAUCGUUUUGGUCUGCCUGUAUGACAGGCUCUGCGGUCAGGUUAAUGAGGGAUCUGUCCGCCUCAGUGGAUUUUCACUUGGCCACAGGAUGCUUGUUGCCUCAAGACUGUGAAACAAAGGGAACACAGACCAUUGGAAACACUUACCAGUUCAGUUGCACUAUGGAAAAUAUGCAAAACACUCUUCUCAACAUUGUUCACAAAUUCUUGUCACCACAGUGAUUUGGAUGGAUGGGAACCUUCAGAACACAGGCAAAGAAUGCCAUCAUUUCACUGUGGUUCCUCAGUGACACUCUGAAAGUAACAGGAGGUUUGACAACUUUGAAAACAGUAUGUUUUAUCACACAAAAAAAGAUGUUUGCAGCAUACCGCUGAAGCAGAAUAGUUUUACAGCUACAGAUGAAUGGGGCAUUCCAAAUUGAUGUGUCCAUAAAUGGGAAAACUUGGGAGAAUGAAACUUGGAAGCCAAGAGAUGUUCCCCACUGGAAGAAGGGGUCAGAACAGUGAUUUUACCAGUUCUACUUUUCUCCAAGGCUGUCUCCUGUGUUGUCCCAUGAAACAACUUUUUAGAAAGCACAAGGCAGAAGGAGUGAGAAUAAGGACUGGAUCCAGCCUUUGCUAAUUAAUACACAAUGUAGUUUUGGGAUUCAAAACAAAAAUGAAUGUUAGUCCUACAGCAUUAAAAAGGAAACCAUAAGGCCCACCAGAUCAUAAUUUUACUGUUGGUAUUUUAUGAAAAUGAAAAUCAUAUGUGUUGUACCUAAGUAAUGGUUUACAAUAAAAUCUGAUUUGAUACAAA